CCUGCAUCUCCACGAGAAAGUCGCCAGCGCAGCGACCCUGACUAUUUACUCUAUUACGACGACACCUCCUACCCUCCUCUCCCCCAACUAAUUCUCUCCCACCCACUCCAUCACCCCCCAGUCCCGGCCCCGAGGCACCCAUCAUCCACAAUGGCUGCUGCAUACAACCAGAACCAGUCGCAGCCCAUCUUCCCGGACAGCUAUGUCGGUUUCGACAGCAUCACCAAGCAGAUUGAGCGCAAGUCGGUCAAGCGGGGCUUCCAGUUCAAUGUCAUCUGCGUUGGACAGACUGGUCUCGGCAAGUCGACACUGAUCAACACGCUCUUCGCCUCGCACCUCAUGGACUCCAAGGGCCGCUUCCAGCCCGACGAGGAGGUCCGCAGCACCACAAACAUCCACCCCGUCUCACACAUCAUCGAGGAAAACGGCGUGCGUCUGCGCCUCAACAUCGUCGACACGCCCGGGUACGGCGACCUGAUCAACAACGAGCGCUGCUGGGACCCCAUCGUCAAGUACAUCAAGGACCAGCACAGCGCCUACCUCCGCAAGGAGCUCACCGCCCAGCGUGAACGUUACCUCCAGGACACGCGCAUCCACUGCUGCCUGUUCUUCAUCCAGCCCUCUGGCCACGCCCUCAAGCCCAUUGACAUUGUCGUCCUCAAGAAGCUGAGCGAGUUUGUCAACGUCGUGCCCGUCAUUGCCAAGAGCGACAGCUUGACCCUGGAGGAGCGUGCCGAGUUCAAGCACAGGAUAAAGGAGGAGUUCCAGUUCCACAACCUGCGCAUGUACCCGUACGACAACGAGGAGGAUGACAACGAGGAAGUCCAGGCAAAGCAGGCCAUCAAGGAACUCCUUCCUUUUGCCGUCGUCGGCUCUGAGAGGACAGUUGUCGUCAACGGCAGGAACGUCCGUGGUCGCCAGAACAAGUGGGGUAUCAUCAACGUCGAGGACGAGAACCACUGCGAAUUCGUCUACCUCCGCAACUUCCUUACCCGCACCCACCUGCAAGACCUGAUCGAGACGACUGCACAAAUCCACUACGAGUCGUUCCGCGCCAAGCAGCUGCUUGCCCUCAAGGAGAGCUCUCACCAGGGCCACUCCUCGCGCCCCAUCUCACCCUCUGCCGACCGCGAGCUCAGCAGGAACAGCCAGCGCAUGACCAUGAACGGGUACUAGGAGUUCCCGAAUCAUAACCGCGUCGAUAGUAGCGGGGGCAAGCCCAACGGCCCUCCACCACCGCGUAUGGAGCCACGCAUGGAAAGGCCCGUCCCUAUGAUCGAUGCUAUCUGAGCGGAGGUGGUUUAGGUGUGCGUCGUCGCGAGGGGGGCAUUUGCGACAUGUUUUGAUACCAGUGCAUCAUCUAGCACGAAAAGGGAGAGGAGGAGACUUUGCGGCACACUUUCGAUUUGACACCUUUCUCAAUAUCCUUUUAGUUACGAUGGAUUCUUAUUAUCUUUCUUCAUCUCGUAUGUCAUAGCACGGUGUAGUGGUUGAGCUAAGACCCUGGGUUGUGCCCGGGUCCCCUUCUAGGAUAGCGGAGUAAUUUGAAG